AUGCCAGGCCGAGGGUUACUCAGGCUUACAGUCGGGUGGGCCCUACUGUCACUUUGUGUGGCAGUAGAUACCUGGCCGUACAUGACCCUGCAGACUGCGCCAUACCAACCUCCGCAAAUCCAAGUCACCAAGAGCGGUACCACCGACCCGGGCUACCUUUUUGUUGGCCCCCGUGGCAACAAGCCGGAAGGCACGGCGGCGUUGAUCUACGACGAGGACGGCAAUCUAGUCUACCAGGGCCCGGACGAGGUGACGGCCAAUUUCCGGGUGCAGCGGCUGUUCAACCAGGAUGUCAUUACUUUCUGGGCCGGCAACAUGACAGACCUGGGGUUUGGAUACGGGACCGUCCACAUUCUCGACAAUACCUACCGGGAAAUCUACAUGGUGACCCUGCAGGGGAACUUUGUCACCCCGGACAACAGCGUCCCGGAUUCGUUCAUUGACCUGCACGAGAGUCACAUCUCGGACCGCAAUACGUUGCUGGUCACGGCCUACAAUGUCACCCAGCAGUCCCUGACGUCGAUCGGGGGCACGCCGGAGGAUUACAUGCUGGACAGUUUGUUUUAUGAGAUUGACAUUGCUACCAAUGAGAUUGUGCAUUCGUGGAGCGCAUUGGAGCAUGCCGACCAGAUUGCUUUGACGGAUUCCAAGCAGGGGAUUGACGUCGAUCAUGGAACGCGUGAGCAGCCGUGGGAUGCGUAUCAUAUCAACUCGGUGGAGCUGUUCGACGAGGGGUAUCUCGUCUCUCUGCGUCACUACUGGUCUGGGUAUUACGUUCAUGGCAAUGGGACUGUCAUGUGGCAAUUCAGUGGCGAACUGGGCAAGGGUGACUUUAAACUAGACCAGGCCGGGGUCUUCUCCUGGCAGCACGACAUGCGCAUCUACAACAAAACAGAUACCGGCAUGAUCCUGAGUCUGUUCAACAACGCCAAUACCCCUACCGAGACGGUUGCGGCUACGACGGGUUUGAGCUACGCAGUGGAUUUGGUCAACCGCACGGCAAAGACACUCCGUACCCUGAGCGACAGCAAGGACGUCAUCCACAGCGUCAGUCAAGGCAACUACCAACAGCUGAGCGCGUCGGGGCAUGUCGUGCUGGGCUACGGGUCGAUUGCCAAGAUCAAAGAGUUUGACGCCAAUAACAAGCAGGUCCUCACGGCGCAGUUUGGCACCGACAACGAGGUGGCCUCGUACCGGGGGUACAAAUGCGCCUGGAAGGCGACGCCGUUCUGGGCGCCGGCGAUUGUGGUUCGGCGGGUGUCAGAUGAUUCUGCGCAGGUGUUUAUGAGCUGGAACGGGGCGACCGAGUAUGACAAUUGGGCUGUGAUGGCCGCUGACGCGCCAGACUCUGUCAGUACCACUAUUGUCACUACCUUCAAGCGCACUGGCUUCGAGACGUCUGGUACGGUUCGGGGGUUGAAGACAAAGUAUCUCCAGGUGGUUGCUCGUCGAGGAGAUAUUCCUUUGGGCAUGUCGCCUAUUGUCAAAUACAACCAGAACAGAAACAAAAUGCAUCUCAACCUCAUCAGCCUCGCUCUCUGUCUCUCUCCCCUGGCCCUAGCCCUCCCCCCUCAACCCAUCCUCAGCAAACCACCCAUGAAAACGAACCCCCAAAUAAGACCAACAAACCAAACCCUCGGCCACGCCCUCAUCCACAACACCUGCACCAGCAACAUCUACCUCUGGUCCGUCGGCUCGACCAUCUCCCCCCAAUUCGCCAUUUCUCCAAACACCACCUACACCGAAGUCUACAGAAGAGAUCCAGCCAGCGGCGGCAUCGCGCUGAAGAUCACGCGCGUGGCGGAUGGGCUGUAUACCGCUGCGCCGCAGAUGGUGUUUGCGUAUAAUCUUGUGGGAGAGCGGGUUUGGUAUGAUCUGUCGGAUGUGUUUGGGGAUCCAUUUCUGGGGAGUCGGGUUCGGGUUGAGUAUCGGGGGCUGGCUGGGGAGGAGGAAGAUGAGGAGAAGAGGAUUGAGUGGGUGGAUGGGAUGUCGCCUGGGGGGAGUAUGGUUCGGGUUGCGGGUGCGGAGGGGGAUUUGAUUCUGACGGUUUGUUAG